AUGACAGAGACACAGCCAACCCUCAAUGGGCUCGCAGCCAAGAUCUCUGAGCUUGCAGGAACCUUGACCAAGUUCCUGCAGGAGAAGAAUAUUCCGGCGCCGACUUUCGCAGCGAAUAGCCCCACCAGCUAUGUGGGCUUAACGCCAGAGAUUUUCAUGAUACGACAAGGGCUUGUGGACGCAUUGAAUGAUAUGUGGUACCUGACACAGGGUCCAAGUGAAAGCAUUUUCAAUUACGUUCACACGGCCAUGCCCGAUGCCGCCGCGCUCAAUACUCUGAAUUACUUCGACUUCUGGUCUGCUGUGCCGGUUGAAGGCUCUGCUUCCUAUGCCGAUAUUGCGAAACACACAUCCCUCCCUGAAGAUGUGGUUCAUCGCAUCUUGCAACAUGCAAUGACUCUUCGGAUUUUCUCUGAGACAGAGCCCGGAAAGCCCUCGUCCCGCGUGCAGCACACGUCGCGCUCGGCUGCGCUCGCCCGUUCUUCAGGAUUAAAGGCUCUUGUCUCAACAAUCCUGGACGAUGCAGGCGCGCCUAUGAUGGUCAUGAAUGAAGCGCUGGCGAGAUAUAACCGCGGGAAGCCCGCGCUGACGCAAGAAAUGAAUGAGUCUGCCUUCGCUUUGUUCCAUAGGAGCGGUAUAUAUGGCAACUAUAGCAACUCCUGGGAGUUCCUGGAAAACGACGGCGAGGGAGAGAAAAAAGGGUGGCGGGCAGCGAAUUUCGUGGAGUUUAUGCGUUACGUGAAAGAAAUCUUCCAUCUGGAAGAAGUGGUACUUCAAUCCCAUGAUUGGAAGGCGGAAGGGAAAGCAACGGUGGUAGAUGUGGGUGGCUCCGCUGGCCAUGACGCCGUAGUCUUAGCACGGAACUUCCCAGAUCUCAACGUCAUAGUCGAGGACCUGCCGAAAGUCAAACCUGUGUUCGACGCAGAGCUUCCAGCGGAAUUCAAUACACGUGUGUCGUUUGUCGUGCACGACUUCUUCCAGCCGCAACCCGUCCAGGCCGACAUUUACGUUUUCAAGAUGAUUCUGCACGACUGGCCGGACGAUGAGGCGGCGAGGAUCCUGCGUGCGUUGGUUCCCGCCCUGAAGCCCGGCGCGCGUGUCAUCCUCUUCGAAUACAUGGGCAAACAAGAUAACGCAGAGGGACCCGCGCUGCCCCGCUCGAUUCAGCAGAUGGGCACCGCGACGGACCUGAGGUUGAUGGCGCUAUUUAAUGGGAAAGAGCGCGCGGUCGAUGCGUGGAAGGGUAUUUUCCGUGCUGCGGACGGGCGGUUUGAUGUUGCCAGUGUCCAGGCGAAUCCACAGACAUUUUUCGCCGUGGUUGAGGCUGUGUGGCGUGGAUGA